GUGAACAUAGCUGCGCACAUACAUCGCUCUGAAACAACAACAAGAUGGAACUUAAUUCUCUCCUAAUUCUGCUGGAGGCUGCAGAGUACUUGGAAAGAAGAGACAGAGAGGCAGAGCACGGCUAUGCUUCUGUUUUACCGUACAGUAGCGACUUCUCCAGGAAGAAAACGAAAGCAUCGCCAAUCUCCAGAAAAACUCAGAACAAUAGAUCGUCGCACAACGAGCUGGAGAAACACAGACGUGCCAAACUACGACUGUACUUGGAGCAGUUGAAGAAGCUGGUGCCUUUGGGUCCAGACAGCACGAGACACACCACACUGAGCCUGCUGAAAAGGGCCAAGAUGCACAUCAAGAAGCUGGAGGAGCAGGACAGGAAGGCUUUAAACGUGAAGGAGCAGCUGCAGAGAGAGCACCGCUACCUCAAACGCCGCCUGGAGCAGCUCUCUGUGUCAGGAUCCGUGGAGCGCAUCCGCACUGACAGCAUGGGCUCCACCAUCUCCACCGACUCCGAGCAAGAGGUGGACAUCGAGGGUAUGGAGUUCACCCCCGGCGAGGCUGACAGUGUGGACAGCAUCAGCGACGGCGAGGAGGAGGAGGAGGACCACUACAGCCUCCAGAGCAGCUCCAGCGACACCAGCUACACAGCCACACAUUCCCACAGACUGCAGCCGCACCACUGUUAGACGCAGCGGCCCUCCAUCUCCCAGCCUGAUCCAGCUCCCUCACACAUUGCUUUUCCUUCUCGAACGCCGCCCACUACCUACAUCAGACCAGUCCACAAAGGCGGUACACCCUGAACCUGUUCCUCCUAUCCCGGCUCCGGCUCUCCAGGAAGCCGUGGAGCUGAAAUGCCACUCAAGCCUUUCCUGACCUCCCUCCUCCUCUUUCCUAUAUACCACUGACCCUACCUCACCCUUCUGUAUCCUGCCUGAACCUGCCCCUCCUGACACACCCUGCCCUCCCAACCCCUACCUAAUGUUUUGCUGCAGGCUCAGAGAGAGCAGAGUAGAAGUUGUGGGUUUUGUCGGAGAGACUUCUGUGGUGUGGUGGACAGCUUUGACUUGUUAAUCAGGGUUUUGUAAAUGUGUGUGUGUCUGUGUGUGUUAGUGUGUGUGUGUGUACAAGAGAGAAAGACCAAGCUAGCGAGUUUAAGAGAGGUCAGAAACAACAUAUAAGCUCCAUGUCAUUUCCAUGUGGCAAUAAUACACAAACAAGGUUUAGCACUUCUGUUUGUUCUGCAAUACAUGCAACAUUGGGACCUCAAAAUGUAUUUACAUCACACAGUAUCUUCCCUUCACACAAGCAUGAUUCACAGGGGUAGCUUUAGCAGAUGUUCCCUAAAAUGGUGAAAGAUUAAAGGAAUAGUUUCACAUUUUGGGAAAUACUCUUGAUUGAUGUUCUUAGAGAGAGUUAGAUGAGAAGAUUGAUAGCAUUCUCAUAUGUGUCCAGUCAAUAUUAAGCUGGAGCCUGG